CCGUUUGGUGCGUGACGUCAUCGCAACGGUCGUCAACGCCGCGCAUGAAAUCAAUUUGGGCGCGGGUUACAUGACGUCACCACCGCCGACGACGUCACCACCGCGAACAUCCUCGGCGUCGCUGUUUGGCGCCAAAUUUACGGUGGCAUUUUUAAAGUCGCCGCGUAAUUUUCUCUCUCCAUGUCUCGAGACGAAUUGACAUUUGUAAACAUUUCACAGAGUCUCUCUAACAUUUAUUAAUUUUACUCCCUUUUCGCCGCGUGCGUAAAAUACUUCCCCGACUACGCUGCCUGUUUGCUGUGUACUGCACGCGCAGUAAGCGUGAAACACUUUUAAAAAUAUCUAUUUAUAUUUACCCUCACAACGAGAUAAUUUCUCGAGAGAUAAGGCAAAUUUGCCGCGCGUGAUAUUUCACAUUAUCUUUGUUAAUCCACGUCGUGACGGACCAUAAGGAGUUGUCGGGUCUGUGCGUGCGCUUGGGGAGCGGUGGCGCAGCGGUUAGCGCCACGCUGCGGCGACCCGAGUUCGAUUCCCGCUCACGGCCACCAACACCGCUCACGGCAUUAUCCGAUAAACCGGUCCUGGCCCCCACCUCUAGGUCGACUCGGCCUCUAAUGUGUACCUGGUGCGGUGUGUAAAAUCAUCGCCACCGGGGGAGACGAAGGCGCCCGUGCGUGGUUGCCGGCCUUCACAGGCGCUACUCGCCAUGGACCUCAGGAGCUUUCUGGACCGUUCCCGCCCUGCCCACCGCCUCCUGCUGCACGCUCUCCUGGUGGCCCGGCGGCCCGAGGCCGCGGGCUUGGCGUGCGCCCGGCGACUGGAGGCCCGAGGCUCGCGGCCGUGGAGGGCGCUGGUGGAGGAGCUGUGCGUCGAGGUGCCUGGCACGGGACCGGGGCAGCACGCGCGCCUGGCCCUGCUGCCCGCGCUGCUGCGGCUUCCCGUGAGCCUCCAGCGCUCCGUCGUGUCGCUGCUGAGCACCGUCCGAGACGAAGUGCCUGCACCAGCGCUCGCCCUGCUGCGCCGCGCCCUGCUGCGCCCCGCCGCGCCCUGCGACCCCUGGGUCCGCGUCGCCGCACGGACGAUGGAGCCGCCGAGCCAGCGCGUGGAUGAUGGUGGUGGAGCGGUGAGCGAGGUGUGGCGUGCCCGCUACGCUGCCCUCUGCGAGAGCCUGCGGGCACGCUCGCGCUGCCAGGGCGACGGUGGGCACCGCGGGGACACCGCGGAACACGUGGGCACGGCUCGGCUGGCAGAGCGUGAGGAGCCGGAGACACCGGUGGUUCCCGGGCGCGGCUCGGACGACGAAGGCACCGUCGGGGUGACCUGUGACCCGUCUGGCACACGGAAGCGCCCGGUGCCCGACGAUGACGGCGGCGACGACGGCGGCGGCGACGGCGGCGGCGGCGGCGUCGAGAGCGGAAACGCGGCCGUCGCCCACAAACGGCCACGCCUCGACUCCCCCCGGCACGCGGGCGAUUUGAGCGCGUCCGGGCGGGCAGCGCUGGGGGGAGAUCCCGGGACGCCCGUGCCGGGCCCUCGGGAGUCCAGCGAUGGUGGAGGCGGCGAUGGCGGCGGCGCCGACAUUUUGGACGAGUUGCCGUUACAGAAAGCCGAGCAGGAGCAGGGCCUUCCGCCGCACAUCAAGGAAAAGGUUGCUAAAGUGAAGGAGUGGCUGGAAGCAAGUUGUGAGCUUCCAGGCAUGGAGGAAACGAGUCCUGCUGAGAUCUCCUUGCUGAAUGAGUGCCGGCCAGAGCAGGUCUCUGCCGUGUGCUCGGUGCUGGGAGCCGCGACGUUGCCGGAGGAAAGCGUCGCCCUCCUGGCGACGGCCGUGGCUGCUCUCACCCCCAAGAUCGGACACGCGGCCUCCACGCAUCUCGCCCGGGAGCUCUUCCUCUCCAAGCUGUCCAGCCUGGAACAGCCGGCGUCGAGGCUGCUGUCGGGGGCCCUGGGAUCGUUUUGCAGCUCCUACCCCAAGCAGGGCUGUGCAGCGUGCCUGCUGCCGCUGACGCAGACGGGCGAGCUGGGGCCUUUCCAAGUGGAGUUCAUGUGCAGGGUCAUCCGUGACAACCUGGCCUCCGACGAUCUCCCCAGUCUCCUCAGGCUGUUGGUGAGCAGCCCGGGCGUGUGCUGGGGUGAGGGCUUGCUCACCGUCUUGCAGGCCACACUGGACCGAAAGAUGGAGCUGAACGCAGAGGAGGUGGAGAUGCUGGUGGUGGCGAUGUCGGCACAUGCAGCGUCGUUCGCCAAGUCCCUCAAGUUCGCCAAGCUCCUGCUGGCGCUGGUGAACAAGCAUGGGGCUCAGGUGACACGGGGUCACGGCGCGACCCUCGCCGCGAUGGUGGAGGUCGGCGACACCUUUAUGAAGCGGACGCUGCGUGCGGCUCUCAAGAAGAUCUCGGGCUGACCGGCCCUGACCUCUGACCUUGUGUGCCCCGAACUCUGACCCUGUGCCCCGGCAGAGCAGCGUCAAACUUGGUGAACGGAAUGAGUGACGAAACUAUCCGACGCCAAAGUGUUUCCUUGCUUUUAGUCAACGAUGAUGACUCCUUUGAGUUUUGAUGGAAAUCAUCAAGCGUUACGAUGGCUACGACUGCCCACUACAGACCAAAAAUAGCGACGAUGAUGAAACGAAGUUAACGCAUCUCUAUGAAGAUGCAGACUAGGAUAGGAACAACAUUGGAGGCGGCAGUGCACUGAAAAUGACCGAAGAUUGUAAUUGCCUAUAUAUGUGUAAUAAAGCACUUUGACGACG